UCUGGGAUUGGCUAAUAGGCUGGGAGUGGGCCUGCGGGGCUGGGACACAGCAUCAUCACUUCCUGUUGUGGGCAGUCGUUUCCUGUCGCUGCUUGGUAACAAUGGGGAAGAUAAUGGCUGCCUGAGCAACGUCUCCGAGCAGGCGCUGGGCUAGAGGCGGGUCUCAACUAGCGACUCACCGGAGGCGGGCUUGAGAGCAGCGGCAAGGGAGGCCCGCAGGAGCCCCGGCGGCGGCGGCGGCGGCGGCCGAACCGACCGAGUCGGAUCCCGACACUAAAACCGAAGCAGAGAGUGAAGAAAACUAAAAUCCAGUUUAUUGUAUUACAAUACUAUGUCAUAACAGUCAGAUAAUUUUCCAUUUGUUCACCAAGAUGGAAAGCUCAGAUUCUAACGAUAAAGGAAGUGGUGAUCAGUCUGCAGCACAGCGCAGAAGUCAGAUGGACCGAUUGGAUCGGGAAGAAGCUUUCUAUCAAUUUGUAAAUAACCUCAGUGAAGAAGAUUAUAGGCUUAUGAGGGAUAACAAUUUGCUAGGCACCCCAGGUGAAAGUACUGAGGAAGAGUUGCUGAGAAGACUACAACAGAUUAAAGAAGGUCCACCACCACAAAACUCAGAUGAAAAUAGAGGUGGAGACUCUUCAGAUGAUGUGUCUAAUGGUGACUCUAUAAUAGACUGGCUUAACUCUGUCAGACAAACUGGAAAUACGACAAGAAGUGGGCAAAGAGGAAACCAGUCUUGGAGAGCAGUGAGCCGGACUAAUCCAAACAGUGGUGAUUUCAGAUUCAGUUUAGAGAUUAAUGUUAACCGUAAUAAUGGGAGCCAAAAUCCAGAGAAUGAAAAUGAGCCAUCUGCAAGACGUUCCAGUGGAGAAAGUAUGGACAACAACAGCCAAAGGCAAGUGGAAAAUCCACGUUCUGAAUCAACAUCUGCAAGGCCAUCCAGAUCAGAACGAAAUUCAACUGAGGCGUUAACAGGAGAGGUUCCACCUACCAGAGGUCAGAGAAGGGCAAGAAGCAGGAGCCCAGACCAUCGGAGAACCCGAGCAAGAGCUGAAAGAAGUAGGUCACCACUGCAUCCAAUGAGUGAAAUUCCACGAAGAUCUCAUCAUAGUAUCUCAUCUCAGACUUUUGAGCAUCCUUUGGUAAACGAGACUGAGGGAAGUUCUAGAACCCGGCACCACGUAACAUUGAGACAGCAAAUAAGUGGACCUGACUUGCUAAGUAGAGGUCUUUUUGCUGCUUCUGGAACAAGAAAUGCCUCACAAGGAGCAGGUUCUUCAGACACAACUGGCAGUAGUGAAUCGACAGGAUCAGGACAGAGACCUCCAACCAUAGUCCUUGAUCUUCAAGUAAGAAGAGUUCGUCCUGGAGAAUAUCGGCAGAGAGAUAGCAUAGCUAGCAGAACUCGGUCAAGGUCUCAGACGCCAAACAACACUGUCACUUACGAAAGUGAACGAGGAGGUUUUAGACGUACAUUUUCACGUUCUGAGCGGGCAGGUGUGAGAACGUAUGUCAGUACCAUCAGAAUUCCAAUCCGUAGAAUCUUAAAUACUGGUUUAAGUGAGACUACAUCUGUUGCAAUUCAGACUAUGUUAAGGCAGAUAAUGACAGGUUUUGGUGAGUUAAGCUACUUUAUGUACAGUGAUAGUGAUUCAGAGCCUAGUGGCUCAGUCUCCAGUCGAAAUAUGGAAAGGGCAGAGUCACGGAAUGGAAGAGGAGGUUCUGGUGGUAGUAGCAGUUCUGGUUCCAGUUUGAGUUCCAGUUCGAGUUCCAGUUCAAGUUCCAGUUCUAGCUCAAGUUCCAGUCCUAGUUCCAGUUCCAGUGGUGAAAGCUCCGAGACUAGCUCAGAGGUGUUUGAAGGCAGUAAUGAAGGAAGCUCAUCAUCAGGCUCAUCAGGUGCCAGGCGAGAGGGUCGACACAGGGCCCCGGUAACGUUUGAUGAAAGUGGCUCUUUGCCCUUCCUUAGUCUGGCUCAGUUUUUCCUCUUAAAUGAGGAUGAUGAUGACCAACCUAGAGGACUCACCAAAGAACAGAUUGACAACUUGGCAAUGAGAAGUUUUGGUGAAAACGAUGCAUUAAAAACCUGUAGUGUUUGCAUUACAGAAUACACAGAAGGCAACAAACUUCGUAAACUACCUUGUUCCCAUGAGUACCAUGUCCACUGCAUCGAUCGCUGGUUAUCUGAGAAUUCUACUUGUCCUAUUUGUCGCAGAGCAGUCUUAGCUUCUGGUAGCAGAGAAAGCGUUGUGUGAUUAAGGUCUGAACUCUCAGCUAUGUAGCUGGUAUAGUGAUGGGCAAACAGGAAUCACUUGCUUUAUGUCCACUUUUUGAGUGGUGCUUAAAUGUAAAGUAGCAACCUAAAUUGAGUCAUUGCUUUCUGAAUGAAUCAUUGUCCUUUCUCUAGUUUCUGUUCCAGAAUAAAAGGAAAUAUUUAAAAAGCAACAUUUUAGGACAUAAAAAAUCUGAUUUCAGUAUCAGUAAUUGAUAUUACUGAUGAUUUAUCUUAUAUACUUAUCAGUUUCUCCUUUGUUAUCUUAAAAGAUCUGCCUUAGCAAUGGCUCUUAUCUGUUUCAUGUUGAUCUUUAAAGUUUCCUGUGCCAUAGGAAAGAGGGGCAAAGGAAAUUCCCAGUUUAGGCUAAGUUACAGUACACGUUUCCUAAGUGAUUGCUUAAAGCUACACCAUUCCCAGUUAUUAGUUGGCACAAAUUCAGUUACAUUCUGAAUAUCAUUUGUUCACUUUUCAGGCAAGGUGAUAUUGGACAUGUCAGUGUAAAUAACACUAAGGUUAGGAUCUUCUAAGUGUAUAACUGUCUGCUACGCCCAUCACUGUGGCACACUGUAGAGUGAGCUUAUAGUUUAAUUGAGAUAUUUAUCUUGUGGAAAUAUUAAAAAAAAAAGCCUAUGCUUGUGUAAGUGAAAAAAUCACGUUCAUUUGUUUAAAAAUGUAAAGCUAUUUUGUAGAGGCUCAGUACUUUUCCAAUGCACUGUUGUAUUAAUGCAUUAAAAACUGUAAAGUACCAUGCUUAGAAAUGAAAAAAACUGCUUUUUGUGAGCCAACUUAGUAAGAAAAAAAAAUACACACCAAACAAAGUACAAAGCUGCUUUUGUAAGUGUGUAGAUGUAAGAGCAGAACAUAUCUAUAAUAUUUAAUGUAUGUGAACAGCUACUGUGACAUGCAAAGAAAAGGACAGAGUGCGGAAUUCAACUGCAUUGAAGACCAAUGGAAAUUGUUUAUUUUAACUUGGAUUUAGGCAGGAAAUGAAAGACGGGAGGAGUAAAGAAACUGCUUGGAGGAAUUUAAACUUCAUGAAGACAGUAAUCAUACAGAUGUGAACUGGUUUCAUAUGGCAAGAUCCCUGUCACAGUAUUCUACUUGAGCAGAUGAAGUAGAUCAGCAAAUUUUGCCAGAGCUUUGGUUUAAGAAAAACAAAUCACUGCCACCUAGCACAAGUUACAGUGAUGUUUUUUUACAAGUCUGCUCCUCAAAAAAAAAAAGAAAGAAAGAAAAAAAAGGAGGAAAGAGACUAUAAACCACUUUUAGCAUAAGAAUUGAAGUUGGUACUACUAGGAAAGUCUCAAAUUUGCAUUGUUUGCAAGAUUUGUCAUUUAAGGUACCAGUGCAUACUUGUUUAAUGUUUCAUUACUCACUCUCUUAACACAGACCUAAUAUCUCACAUUUAAAGACAAGGUGAAGAAUUAAGGGAUUUUUAUUUGUUGAAAGUGAGUCCUGUUGGGUUAUUUGAAAUUCAAAUUUUAAUUGUGCUGCCCAUAUUUGAAGAUGAGAAUGCUGACUCACAAUCUAUGGGAUAUGCACUUUAUGUUGUUUCCUUAGUAAGGUUUGUGAAGAACCCCAGUAACUCAUGCUGAAUUUCUCUUGGGGUUAGGAUUAGUCUGACUGUGGAGGACUGUCGUUGCUUUUCUGGGAAAAGCUAAUGGGCCCAAACAGAGAUGGAACACAUCCUUGGCCUUCAACAAAGUGAGCUAACUACCCAGGCCUAGUCAGAUACUCUACAAAAUAAACAAGACUGCUUUAGAAAUUAUCUGGCUACCUUAACUGUUAUCAGCUUGUAUCAGCUGUAAAGAUUAUUUCAAAGCUCAUUUUUUCAUGUUUUCCUCUGGCUUUCAAUCCUACCUAAGUAUCAAGGAAAUUAACUUGUAAAUAUGGUAGUUGUUUACUAAGGAUAUGUACUGCUCUUGCAAGGAAAUAAUGUCCAAACAAAGCUUCACUUAUUUUUUUUUAAUAUAAGCAGAUUUCACUGUUUAUGGCGCUUAUGUAAUACAUUUUAUCUUUUUAAAAAAAAUGUCCGUGUAAAAGUCAGGAUUCCUUUAUAUUUGUGAGCCUCCUUGUCUCUUUUCCUAAGGGUGUAAUCUACGGUUUUCAGAUCUGCAGGGUAGUCCUGAUUAGCUAAAAACAAACCCAUUUUCCUCCUGGUAUGAAAUGUACCAUUCUUAUAGGGGUGUUCAUUUUAAAUAGUUUAAAAACAACUACAGCACAUUCUAAGCAUAAAAGAAAGUUAUUAACAACAGGUACCUUCCUAACCUCCCAAGAUGUAUUAUUACUCACUUGUGAAGUAUUAAAGAGGUAACUCAUGCAGAAUGCUGGUUAUGAAUGUAGAUAUUGAAGCGAUUCAUAAACACUGGAAGUAGAAUUUUAAGUUUUUAGCCUUCAGUAGAAUGCACAUAUUGGACAUGUGCAUGUGGAAACCUUUUCCAGUAGCACUCAUUAAUUUCCAUUGGAUUGUGUAGAAUGAAUACAAAUAUUUUUAGUGGAAUUUGCUACUUGAUUUUUUUUAUUUUGCAAGGUCCAUGACCAGUGUGUACUGACUAGUAUGGACAUUGAAGACAAGGUCAUUUGUAGGUGUCAGAUGUACAAUGGAGAACAAAGAUCUUUUUUCCCCACCAGCAUCCAAACACCUAUUCUCUUGAGGGAGCAUUUUCUUGCAAAAGACUUUACAUUUCAUUUUGUAUCUUUGCACUUUUUCUUUAUUACAGAAAGGUUCUGUCUUGAAGACCUAGUUUGAACUUCAUGCAGUAAUAGGAACAAGGAAAAAACAAUAUUGGGGGAUUACAUUGUUCAAUGCAUAGGGAAAAGUACUAAAAACUGAAUUUCCUUGAAUAUUUCAGCUAUUUUUAAAAUUCACUUAUUAAUCUGAAGUGUUUGAGAUGUUAAUGUUUAAUUCAAAGCAGCUGACGUGGUUGAGAUUUAUUAGUACUAAAACCAAGAUUGAACAAGUUAGGUUUAAAGUUUGCAGACUUUAUCUGUAGCAACACUAAAAGAUGAGCCAUAUUGUGAAUUUGGACUAUUUGCUCUAAGAAGAACACAUAAGUUAUACCUCAGUGGUGUUAAUGAUUAAUGGAGGUGGGGACUAGGAAAAGUGUUCACAUUAGUGUUGGACUAUAGGUAAUCAAGUGUACAGUUGUCAACAACAAAAAACCAGGAAUAUAUAUAUAUAUACAUAUAUAUAAUGUAUAUUUAUAUAUAUAAUCUCCAAAAAUAUGAUCGUUGGAGUUCAUCCAGACUUUAAGAUUAGGAAACUGGUUAGCUAUAAGUGUUACCUCAAGUAUUUUUUUUUCCCCUGGGAAAACAUGUCCUUUCCGUGCCAAACGUUUUCUCCUAGUGUCAGUGUCUCAAAUUCUGUUUAUGAAGGGUUAUCACUUAAUGUACUUUGUAUUUAAUCACCUGCUUCCCAAAUGUCCAUGACAUGAAAUGGAUCAAGCAUCAGCCACCUCUUUCAGUGGUUCCCAAAAUACCCAUGUGAUAGGGAGGUGAAUGUUGCAAAAUGCCUCUUGAAAGGCCUUUUUUACAGCUUGCUAGAAUACAGUGACACCUUGUGGUGGUUGUUGGUACUUUUAAAGAUGGAGGAUAUUUUUAUUCCCCCUUCCCUCCUCCACCCCUUUUCUUUGUUCUUUUUGUGAACGAAAAAUAUUUGUAAUCUGCCUUAUUUGAGUUUUUAAGUUUUACCUUACUGGCUUCCCUGUCAAAUGUAUUACCAUUAUUAAAUAUAUAGAAGCCACGUUUGCAGGGCACUUUUAUUCUCUUAAAGACUAUGCUGAUUGCUACUUGCUAAGGUAUUCUGUAUCUUAGUAAUGCAAGAGAUUGAUAAGGCACAUGUUAAAGUGUAAGGCGUUUUUUUCCUCAGUAUAAUUCUUCAAUAUGUGUAAUAUUCAACAACAGUGUUUUAAUUCAUUGAGUUAACAAGUAAAUUGUGCUUUUGGAAAAAAACAUUUGAAAAUGUAAAUCAACUUAUACUUCAUUUGGAAAGUUAAAGUGCAAGGUCCAAGAAAUUAGUAUUUCACUUAUUUUUAAAUCAGAUUUUUAAUAAGCAACUAAGAAACAGCUAUGAGUUAAGUACCUGCCCUUUAAAAUUUUUAGCAUUCUGAAAUUGAGUUCUUAACGGGAACAUUUCUAAGAUAUCGUUACCUAAUAUUCCCACUUGAUUUAAGUAACUCCAUUUUGUAUCUAAAAUACAGCGUAGAAGAGAACUGUUAUUGAGCUGUUAGAACUCUCAAGGAAUAACAAGUUUAUAUCAGUUUUAUGAUUCUUUUCAUGUCUACAUAGGUAUUUUUAUUCAAAUUUGCAGAAAAUAGGCACACCCUUCAACACUCAAAAUCACACAUACUUUUGAUUCGGAUUUGUUUACUAAAGAUCCACAAGCUGCUUUAUAGUCACUUGGAUUGAGUGAUAUCUUAAAGACAUGCAGUGAAAGUGAACCCCAUCAUACCACUGUGCCUAGCUAUUUCAGGGUUCCUCUCUAAGUUCCUCAUCUUGCAGAUUUAUUCCAAUACCAAGGUAUGGCUGAACCAGCUGCCCGGCCUUAACUCUUUUUAUGCCCCUCUGCUAACAUUCUUUUAGUAACUGAGUAAUUUGUAUGUGUUUUAACUGUCCGACGUUUGGAUUUUACCUCUUGAUAGCUCCAUUUGUCCCUGGUGCUGCUUUUAAAGAUGUAGGGCCAUGUGAUCAGGUAUCAAGUUGGGUAGGUACGCAAUUGGCCUGGUUAUGUAUCUGUGCCUGUUUUAUCUUCUCCCAGGAAGAGCUGCUUUGGUAUAGAUGUUUACUUAGAUUCAGAUAAAGAACUGGGCAGCAAUCUUGGAAAGCUUUCUGAAGCCUUUAAGAACCUGAAGGGAUUUGGAGGGGAAACAGUAACAAAGGCUGCCUUUAUGUCUUUGAACGUGAAGCACAUAAAUGUAUGUUCUGUAAAGACUAACGUGAUUGUUACACCAGGGCUUCCUGACUUCUGGGAGAGACUUUUGAAAAAGCAGAAAGGAGCACAAAGUGAAGUGAAUUUGGUUGGCUUGCUUUAUCUGGUUUCUCUUUUUUUCGAUUUGAACCUGAACGUAAUACCCUUCUCCAAUCUCUGUCCAGCAGACUCCUGGUUGGGAAGCCCUGUAUUAAAUUUCGAGAAUGUACCCAGUUUCCUUUUUUUUUUUUUUUUUUUGUACAGUGCUUUACACCUGCUAAAAAAUUAACUUGUUUAAUGCAAAACAAGACCUUGAAAGGUCAGUCAUAUUAAAGCUGGUUUGAUUAUUAAUAGUUAUCUUUUAGGAAGAAGCUUUUUCCCUAUGUAAGAUGUCAUACUGCAGAUUUAAAAUAUAGACUAUCAAUAAAAUGCAUGAAGUGA